AUGUCGGCCUGGUAUAGCAACCUUGUUGGCGCGACAACUUCGAAAAUAUCCAAUCUCCAACGAACGUUCCUUAGUAGCGAAGCCGACGGCGAUACCGAGGACGACACUCACGUGUGCAGAGUCCUCCGGUCUUAUUACACCGAGAAAGGCAAGCCGUUUCCUUCGUGGCUACCACCCGACCCUAAAGCGCCUCCUCCAGUUGCCGCAGUAUACGCGCAACCGUCACAAGUCGGUUCGAGAUAUGGUGGUCUUACCCAGCAACCCCAAGGCGGCUUAAGUUCGCUUUGGGAUAACAAUCCAGUAUCGCAACCGCAAGAUGCACAAAGUCUAAGGAGAGGCAGGGGCGCGCCGCCUGGUAUACGAAAUAAUGACCCUAGGAACAGUCCGUUCCGUAAUUCGGACCCCAUGGCUGGACGGGAAGAGGUAUCUGCAAGACCGUUGCCUAGCCAAAGAGCGGGAAGCUACCAGACUGCUGGAACAGCACCGCCUACCACCUCGUCCGGAGGUUCGGCACAGGAUAGACUGAAACAGCGACUGUUUGGUGGCUCGAGGACAACAAGUCCUGCAGCAACUGGACCUUUUCAACCCCCACCGCAGAAUAACUCUAGAGCAAACAAUAAUUACGGAAGUGGAGAUUACGAAGAUAGGUUUGCGCCUGGGGGUAUGUACGAUGGAGGUGCUAGGGGAGGUGGUCCUCCAUAUGACUCGGGAUCGGGAAGUGGAGGGAGACCCGGGGGCAGGCGGGUAGGAGGCCUACCGAGCGGGCCUAAGAUGAGAUGA